AUGUUUGGGGAAGAGAUGGGAGAUGGGAUUCUUGACAUUCCAAGACUUCCUUUGACUCAUAAAGAUAAGCUAGUAUGGAAACAGAAACAAGAUGGAGAAUUUUCGGUCAAGAGUGCUUAUGUGGUGGAUCAAGGUCAUAGAUUUGAUGAUACUAACACUGUUUGGAAUUGGCUGUGGUAUUCUCAGUUACAUCCGAGAAUCUCUAUGAUACUUCGGAGAUUGCUCAACAGUGCUCUACCAGUUAAAGAGAAGCUUCCAUUGUUAAGAGAGAAAGAUUGUCAUUUCUGUGAGGCUGCAGUGGAAAAUUGUCUGCAUCUUUUCAAAGACUGUUGUGUUGCCAAACUUUUGUGGUUUUCUAGUGUGUUCCCACUAAGGAUUGAUAAAAUUCCUGGUCAAACCAUGAUUAGUUUCGUGGAAAAUCUUGUAGCUACUACAACAAAUUCGGGUUUUGGAAGAAAAGAAGUCCUUACUUUUUUGGGUUGCAUGGUUGGUCAAAUCUGGAAAACUAGCAAUGAGUGUUCACUAGCGGGCAAGCCAAUCAUCAUGGAUCAGGCUCGAAAGAGAAUUGAAGAGGCUUAUGAAGGGUUUGUUAAUUUUAGUUAUACCAGUGAGGAAGAAGUGGUUGGAUUGAGGACUCAAGUCACACCCCAUCUGACCCAGAGGAGCAUUAGGAGAUUGAAUGAAGAGAGGCCACUAUGCACUGAUGCUUCUUGGGUUAAAGGGGAUGCUGGUUCAGCAGUAGUAAUGCUAAAGGAAGACACGGUAGGCUGGAGUUACAAAUUAGCUAGAGAUAGAGCGGUUUCGGCCUUGGAAGCUGAACUUAAAGCAAUUCUUUUGGCGUUAAACUGGGCUCUCGAAGAAGGCUGGAAUGAGAUUCAUGUUCUCUCGGACUGCCUACAAGCAAUCCAAACUCUGAACAAGAAUCGAUGUCCUUGA